CCUAAAGUGUGUGUGUGUGGAAGGAUCUCUCUGCCUCUCCCUCGCUCUCUCUCUCUCUCCCUCUCUCUCUCUCUCUCUCCAGACGAGCCAGAUUCGGCUGUCCUGCGCAGGAUUUCAGGAUCUCCCCACCCCCUGGCCGGCCUGUCCCCGCGCCUAGGCCUGCCCAGGGCGUGAUGUAGCCUGCAGGAGCCUAGCUGGCCUGCACACAUACACACACACACACACACACACACACACACACACAUCGCCUUCUUCGUCGUCGGCGUCUUCUGCUGCUAAGUGGGCAGUGAGGGCAAGAUGGAGGCGACAGGUGUGGACGCAUUUUGGACACAGGGUCACGUCGGGUCACCGUGGUCUCCCGUGAGUGGCGGCGGCGGCGGCGGUGCUGGUGGUGGAGCAGUUCCCUCUUCCUCCUCCGCACGCUACUUCGAACCCCCGCCCUACCUGGAUUUUGAUGCCCUACAGGUGGCCCUGACGCGCCUGGACCACUCGCCGCAGAAGGGCAAGGGUUGUGUUGGCCGCAGCGGCGCUCAGCCACCGCCGCCCUCCCUCCGGGGCUCCCGCCGCUCCUCCGCCGACAGCCUCCACCUGCUGCAGGACCAGCACGGCCUCGACGAGAACGAAGACGACGCCCGGCCCCGCCCACCCUGCCCGCCCUGCCGCACCGGAGGGGCGAGCACGGGCGUGACGCCCUUGGGCACCCCGCCUCAACACGACGCCCGCCAGGAGCUGCGGCGCCGCCUGCUGCAGGGCCGCGCCCGCAGGACGCCCACCGGCGGCUCCAACCCUCUGCUGACCAGCGUCACGUCCGAGGCGGAGGAGGCCUUCCGGAGGAUCAAGGAGGAGGUGGCGCGCCUGGCCGCCAAGCGGAGAUCGUCCAGCGACCUGCUCGACUCCCGCGCCGGCAGUGACUUGCUGUGGAGUGGCGACGACUCCGUGGGUGAUUCGGCCAGCGUGGCACUUGGCCGCGGCGGAGAGGAGCAGCGCUCGUCCUCCGAGGCCGACGUGGUGAUAAGCGACCGGGAAAGCGUGGCCAGCUCCGGGCAGGUCAGCCGCCGCACCGUCAUCACCAUCAGCUCCAAGAAGAGCAAGUCCGCCAGCAGCCUCGCCAGCUCCCAGGACUCGGCGCCGCUUUGGCUGCGGGACCAGCAGACGCGCCGCUCCCUGCGCGGGGACCGCCAGCCGCUGGAGGCGGGCAUUAGCGUCUCCAUCGUCAGCCGCGACGCCACCUCGCGCAUGUACGUGCGCCAGAGUGACGCCGAGGACAGACCAUCGCGCGCUAGCGCCUUCAACGUGCGCCAGACUAUCGAGAAGCGUCAGAUCCAGCAGGAGCGGCGGGAGCGUCGCGCCCUCAGGGAGAGGAUCAGAGAGCAGCUGCGCAGCUUAUCCGAGGGUCGCCAGCGCCGGGACUCCUCCGGCUCCCGCGGCUCGUCGGGGCAGCUGAGCGAGUCUUCAGCGCGGUCCAAGUCUAUGAGCUCGCUGGACCAGGACCAGGAAGAGGAACGCAGCGAGUCCCCGCUGGUCAAGGUCCAGUCCAGCCCCACGCUCGAGCGUGAGAAGGAGGCGGUGCUCACCUACCUGUACGGCGCCUCGAACUUGGCCGAGGACCUCCGGCCCCCGCGCCCCACACCGCCCCCCAGGACCUGCUCCGAGCGGCGCGAGGCCCCCGAGGGGGAGUGCAGCGACCCCUGGAAGUGGUCCCGCUCCUGGGACCCGCUUAGGACCGGCCGCGAAGAGCCUCCGCCGCAGGACUCCGCCGCCAAGAGUGCCGAGUGUGUCGCUGGUGUUGGACUCGGCGGCCGCGGGGCAGACCGACCCAGCGGGGCCCGGGAACACUCCCCGCCCCGCCCCGCCUGGCGCCGCCACCUCCCGGAGACAUCCUGUAAAUCGUCCAGCCCCUGUGACCCCACCGGACCGUCGGUGGACCUCACAGAGAGACGCGAGCCUCCCCAGGGCAGGGAAGACCCACCCCCGGGGCCACAGCCAGUGCCUCCCCCGCGGAGGAACAAGCUGAGCCUGUCCACGGGACACAUCAAGCUGGAGGAGGAGGAGCAGCCCCACUGGGUGCGGCUGGCCAAGGAGCGGCGCAGCCUGCGGGCGGCCCGCCAGGUGGAGCAGCUGUCAGACCGCGCCUCCACGGCCAGCCGCGAGCCGGAGUGGGUGGGCCGCGCGCGCCGCAAGCUGGAGUCCCUCAACGUGACGCUUACCGCCACCACGGACGUCAGUUGCGCCAGCUCCUGCGUCACCGAGUCGUCGUCGGCGUGGAGUCGCGGCGGCCUGGACGCCCUCGACGACCUGCGCGAGGAGACGACGCGCAUCGGGCAGGAACUGGCGGAGGAGGCGGCGACGCGCGUGGAGGCGGAGCUGGCGGUGGCGCGGGACUCCUCCAGAAUGCUGGAGGCGCCCGCCGAGCCCGCCGGGGACACCGCCUCGCCGGAGAGGCCUCGAGUGUCCUUCGACGCCGCGGCCACCGAGGCCUCGGACGGAGACUCCAGCAACCGCAGACUGCGGCCGCGGCGUGCCCCGAGGGAGGAGGUGCGCUUCGGGGACCUGAAACACGACUGGGGCGGCGCGCAGAGCCGAGCCGCCAAGACGGUGAACGGCAAGCCGAAGGAGAUGCGCUUCGGCGAGGUGCAGGUGAAAGAGGCGGCGGCGGAGGACGUGGCGGCCCCGGAGCCCCGCAGCCCCGCUCCCAGGCCCCGCGCCAACAGCUCGCCGGCGGCACCGGCGACGGGGGACAGCAAGCGGCCGGUGAUGCGUUUCGGCGACACGCCGCUCAACCUGUUCCCGGCGGCCGCGCCGCGCGGCCCACAGAGCUCCUCCAAGUUCGAGUCGGUGGCGGGGCCGGACCCAACGCAGAUGACAGCCGCGCAGCUCAACCAGAAUGUGGAGGAGUACGACUUCCCGGUGCCGACGGGCCGCGAGGACGCCUCGGAGCUGCUGCACUUCCUGGAGGAGAGUCUGCGGCAGGCCGAGGCCGUGCCCGAGGUGGUGUCUGCUGCGGACGAGCGGCCGCGGCCCAAGAGCAUCCUGAAGCGGCGGUCCGUGGAGAGCGUCGUGCAGGAGCUGCGGCGCGAGGCGGCGGGCGAGGCGCGCCACAAGGUACAGCACCACCACCACCACUCCCACCACCUCCACACCUCCUCCCUAGACUGGGACUGUGUAGGUAAGGGAGGCGCCGCCCACGCCCCGACCACCACCAUCACCACCACUGCGGCCACCUCCCCCAACGCCACCGCCACCACAACCCACACCCCUCCACCCAACACAACACCCACCCCCUCCCACACCCCCACAGCAACCCCCGCCGCCUCCGCCACUAACGGCAGCUUCUUUAACAUCAAGCUGCGCCAUGUGUCGCCUCACGCCAGGGAGCAGCAGCCCGCCACCACCACAACCCCCUCCCCCCUUACCCCCCCGCCCACUAACAACGACCCGCGACCCUUCCCCUCCGAACACUCGCCACACAGACGGCCCCUCGGGGCGCUCACCCCCACACAGCGACAGGGCGCGCCGCUCCCCCUCAGGCAGCAGGAGGUGCGGAGGGGCGCGGGGCUGCUGGAGGCGAGGGAGAGGAAGGCUGCGGAGGACGACCACGACCAGGAGGCCAACGAGGACGACGAGGAGCGGGAACGACACGGCGCCAGGGAGCUGCUGCCGCCUCCAGCCUGGGCCACGUGUAGGGCCGGCCGCGGCCUGGCCUCCUCAGGGGCGGCCACUCACCACCCCCCCGCCGGGCCCAGGGGGCAGGACAGCGGCCCCCAGGACACCCCACCGCCCAGGCCAUCAGUCCCCUCGUGCCCGCGCCCCGCCGCCAGCCCCCCUGGCCUGCCGCCGUCACCCCCAUGUCGCCACGACGACGUGGCCCCCGAGAGUGACUCUGUCGAGGUGACCGACGCCUCGGCCCGCCCGCCCCCCAUCGCCUUCCCCCGGGAGCGGCCCCGCUGGGCAGGGGGGGGCGAGGGCAGGCUGCCCACACCCACACACCCUGGCACACACCCCACACACUCUGCCCACCCCGCUGCUAACCACCACCCACUCACCCCGCUGCCGCCAGCCCCACCCCCUGCAGCCGGUGAGCCCCGCAGCUCCGCCCUUGCCGCCCCGCCAGAGCACGACUCCGGCCCCUUGGCCUCCAAAGCUAGGCUGCACAAGGAGUCUGUCCUGCCCGGCCACGACCCCGUCGCCUGCCCCGCCCCACAACGCGUUCCGGUCCUCGGCCUCAGCCCCGAGCCCGAUCCCCGCAGUCCCGCCGAGGCCCGACCCCGAGGGCUGCCCGUAGACUCGGUGACCCGCCCGCCCCGCAAAAAAGAGGAGGAGGAGGACCUUAAGGGUACGGGGCGCGGCGACCCCCUUGCCACCUCCAUGACCCCCGGGGAAAGGCGACCCCGGGAGGCGCGCCUCAGCGGGGAAAGUAAGGCGCGGAGUCCCUCCAGGCCCUCCGCUGCCCCGCCGCCCCACGGUCCCGCCACGCCCACCAAGCAGUCCCGCGGCCGACCCCCGGGGGAGAGUCCCAUGCCGCGCCUGGUGCAUGUGGAGGUGGUGGACGAGGAGACAAGACGCGGCCCCCGCAGGCGCGAGGAGAGGCGGGGAGGCGGCGGCGGCCUGCUGGAGUGGGAGGCGCGGCAGCGGCAGCGGCUGGAGGAGGAGGAGCGGAACCGCUUGAACCUGGGACUGUCGCUGCGGCCCGUGUCCAGCCGCAUCAAGGAGCUGGUCAGGAUGCACGGCGCCUUCAUGUCCAGGUUCAGCCGCGACAAGAAGACGGACAUCAACGGCACCGUGGACGGCGCCGACGACAUCUUCUUCCAGAAGAUCCCGCAGGACCCCUCCACGCGGCCCCCGGCUCCCCAGGCCCCCACCCCCACCAUGCGCUCCCCCUACAUGGUGAAGAAGAUCCUUAGCCCCGCCGCAGACCCCAGCCCGGGCCCCGAGCCGCCCCGCCCCACGCGCCGCGACCACCCCAGGCGUCGCUCCCCUGCCCGCAGGACAAGCCCCGCCCCGCGGAGGGCCAGCCCUGCCCCGCGAAGGACCAGUCCCGCCCCGCGGAGAGUCAGUCCCGCUCCCAGCACACGCAGGGCCAGCCCCGCCCCGCGGAGGGCCAGCACAGGCCCUCGCAGGAGCAGUCCCGCUUCACACAGGUCAGCAAGCCACAAGAGCAGCCCCAGCCCCCGCAGGACAAGCCCCGCCCCGCGCAGGAGGAGCAGCCCUAGCCCCCGCAGGUCCAGCCCAGCUCUCCGGAGGUCCCCCUCGGCGCACCGCACUCCAGGAGAGAACCGACGGGUGGCCCCGCCCCACGGGGUGCUCACCGAGAGCAACCGGCAGCCCUCCCCCGGCGGGGAGGCGCGGGACUCCCUGCGGCGCCGACUGCGCUCCUCAACCUCGCCCGCCGCGCGUCGCCGGCGGCCCGGUGCCUCCCCUGACAAGAAGGGCGGCGUCCACAGCGUGGGGGAGGCCGCUCUCAGGGCCUCUGAAAUCCUGGCGGAGCUGCGCCGCGCCGCCCACGCCUCGCCGGCCACGCCAAGCUCACCCAACAAGCCUGGGGCCGCCACCACGCCCUCCGCCGCCCCACCCCGCCUUGACGUAAAGGACGGGGCGGGGGAGCCCGGCAGUCCCGAGACGGGGGACGUGGCGGGGCGGGGCAGCAUCAAGGACCCCGAAGCCCGCCGGGAGUGGCUCACCAAAAUGCUCACCUCCUUAGCCCCUGACCCCGCUCCCCCGCCCACACCCUCCCCCAAGCUCCCCGCCGCCUCCCCUCCAGACGCCCCAAGCCACACCUCCCGCAGCACGCUCUGCUUCACGCCGACCUGCCCCGCUGCCGCCCCCGCCACCCCCGUCGCCCCGAGUCGAAGAGCCUCAGGCGUCCUCAACAGCCCCUCCAGAGCAACCCCCGCCAGCCCCCUCCAGACGACGCCUCAUCGCUCCCCAGGGGAGGGCGUGAGCCCUGUGGCCCCCGCAAGGAGAUCUGCCUUGGCCUCGCUCAAGACCCACGACUCCCUCGCCCCCUCCUCCCCCCCUCGAACACUCUCAUCCAGCCUCACCGUUACCCUCGUCCCCCCCACGUCCCCUCCUCAGCCCCCUACACCGCCGCCCCCCGAGGACCCGAUCACCCCGGCCUCACCUCCCGUGCCCAAGACUGCGCCCACCACCUCCACCCCCGCCCCCGCCUCCGACGUGGACAGCCCCGUGAAGGGCCCCGUUAGUGGGCCGGACCCCCUGCAGCAGGGCAGCAGGCGUGGCCCCGUCAGCCUGGCGUCCAUCCUCAGCGACUCGUCGCGGUCGUCGUCGCGAUGCUCGUCGCCCCUCGCCUCGCCGCGCGCCUCGCCGGAGCGCCUCCUCAAGCGGGACGCCGCGGACGUGGCCGCCAGGCUGGGCGUCAUCCCGGAGGGCGCCCUGCGCGGGGAGCGCCGUGGCCGGGGCCUGGGCGAAGACCAGAAGGAGAACAUCGCGCCGCUCUCCAAGCUGAGCGGCGGCGAAGACGCGGCCCCCAGCGUGGCGGCGCCCUUCAGGUCCUCCUUCAGACUGCGGGAACGCAGCGAGGAGCGGCGGAAGGGGGGCAGGAAGUGGGGGGAGGAGGACGGCCCCGCGCUGAGCCGCCGCACCGCCCUAGCUGCCCCGACCGUCACGCUGCGGGCAAUGGCGGCCACGCCCCUCAGGCCACACGCCGACGCCACUUGGCCGCCGGCCCGCGCCGAGGCCUCCGCCAAAGGUGUGUCCGCGGAGGAAGCCACAGGUAUAUACAGGAACUCUCGGGCGAGGGCUUCCCUGCGCCCCGAAUGCCUCAGGACAGACUCCGGAAGCAGGAGGCCAUCGACGUUCCCGGAGUCAGGCGACGGCCCCGACAAGGACCCUCCCCGGGGCGGCGCCCCCGUGUCCCUCAGCGACAUCUUGUCCCGGCGGGAGGGUGCCGGCAGCCCCGAGUCACCCGCCUAUAAAUUUUCACCCAAACUCUCGUUCUCGGAGGAAUUGACGCACCUGAAUCACAGGUACCGACGCGACGCGGCGGCGCCCACCAGCCCCACGGAAGCCGCCGCCCCGCCAAGCCCCGCCCCGCCGAGCCCUGCCCCGCCGCCCGCUCCCGCGGAGGCUGAGUCGGCCGCCGCCGCCCCCAGGCCGAAGCAGCGCCUCAAGCAACAGUUGUCCACGGCCGGGGCCGCCGUGGGGCAGAGGCGCCCUAAGGAGGGCUCCCCCGCCCCCCGGGGCGCUCCGCGUCCCACCACGCCCUCUUCCAGGAACAAGGUGGUCCGCCGUAACUCUAGUCUGAAAAGGAACCGCCCUGAGGAUGCCCGAACGUCUCUCAAGGCCAAGAAGGAGCGAAGGAACUCCGAGGAGGACUCUGCCCACGAGACGGUGGUGGAGGCCGGCGGCAGCGCCACGCACACCCGCACCACCGUGAAGCGCUCCCGCCUGCCCGCCCCGGACAAGGCCCGCCCCGUGAGUCGCUCCGGCAGUGGUCGGUGUCGGCGGGAGCCAAGCUUUCGCAGCACCGCCUCGCGAGCCCUCGAAGACUGGGCGGCGUCCACCUCUGUGCCGGGGAAGCUCGUCAAGAAGGAGGGGCAAAGGUUCAGCCACGAGACGGAGGAGGUGGAGCGCGGCGGCAAGCGGGUGGCGCGGAGCGUGGCGCGGCGCGUGGUGCGGCGAGGCUCCAGGACGCUCUCUGGCGGCGGCGAGCUGCUGACGGAGACCAAGGAGACGUCAUCUUCAGGGCUAACUAAAGACGGUAAGCAAGUAAAGGAAAACGGGAAGAAGCAGGACACCAGCAGCAGGGACAACGCGAGGACAAACGAGAAGGAAACUGAAGCCCUGACAGGAACCAGGAGAGAAAAAGGAGAGGACGCCGCCGCUGUGGUCCUCGCCAACGGAGAGGAUCAUGAUGAGGACGAGGCGGGUGUGUCGAGGAAGAUGCGGACCUCGACGGACGGGGAGCGAUACAUGACGCACUCGGUGACGGACAAGCACGGCGCCAAGACCUUCACGACGGAGGGGGUGAACAACAAGACGACCAGCUCCGUGGAGGUGAUUGGAGCCAAGGACUUCGACGCUCGACGCGCAGUCAAGGGCACCACCGGAGAGCGCGUGGUGGUGGAGCGGACCAAGGACCCCCUGGGAAGACCCUCCACCGUGGUCAAGAAGGUCACCUCGCAGUCCAGACUCGUCAUAACCAAGACGAAGAGGAAGACUCCCGUCGUGGUUUAGGAAGACUUCAGGGGAGGAAGGAAGACCGGAAGACACCGUGGUGGUUUAGGAAGACUUCAGGGGAGGAAGGAAGACUGGAAGACACCCAAAGAAGAAGCUCAAAAAGAAAGAUUAUUUGCCCGUCCUGAAAGAAAUGCCUCGUACCCUCAGACACUCUCGGCUCCACAACAACUAUUUCCCAAGACCACAAAGGAUAUCAGUUGGGUUCUCAUGACUGUUUCUUACAUUCAUGGUGCAGAAGCCUUGUCCAACUAUCACUAGGCUCAUAAAACUACCCAUGGAAAUACCCACAACAACCUCGAUGAAAGCCUUGCCAAAUAUGGGUGUGUUAGCUUCGAAUUGUUUAGAAAUGGGCCAAAUUUGUACUGUAAGAUUUUGUGGAGGUUCCUGGAAGACUUUGUGGCUCUCCAGAAGACUUUUGGGGCUCAUAAAACUACCCAUGGAAAUACCCACAACAACCUCGAUCGAUGAAAGCCUUGUCAAAUGCUGGUGUGUAAGCUGUGAAAUGUUUGAGGAUAUGGGCCAAAUUUGUACUGUAAGAUUUUUUGGAGGUUCCUGGAAGACUUUGUGGCUGCCCGGAAGACUUUUGGGGCUCAUAAAACUACCCAUGGAAAUACCCACAAUAACCUCGAUGAAAGCCUUGCCAAAUAUGGGUGUGUUAGCUUCGAAUUGUUUAGAAAUGGGCCAAAUUUGUACUGUAAGAUUAUUUUGGGGGUUCCUGGAAGACUUUGUGGCUGCCCGGAAAAUUUUUGUGGUGUCCUGGAAGAUAAGGUUUUGAAGCGUAAGAGGUCACCAAGAAGCUAUGAAUGUAGGAAGAGGAAGGAACAAGAAUUAUGACUGAAAACAUCACCUCCGUAAAAGACUACUCUAAAUAUGUGUGUUUGGAGGUGUUAACUUCCCCCUUUGGUAAACUGUGGGUGGGUUAAAGUCUCCGGAAACUGGGUGUACUAGACUGUGGAUGUAGAGGUGUAAUCUGAUCUAUAUUGACUAUGGGGUGGAUGUGUCCUUGCAAACUGGGUGUAUGUUGGUGUAAUCUGCCCUGUGUAAGCCAUGAAGGGUGUGACUCUGCCAGCUGAGGGUGUGAGGGUGUAUAAUCUGCCCUAUGGAAAGAGAAAUAGGGUGUGUUGGGGUGCGGUUGCUAUUGUGCUAUGUGGAAACGGGCCUUGCGGGAAGCCACUAUGUGAGUCGACAAAUGAGGAAAGCAGACGAAGGAGAAAACAGUGAAAAAUGGAUGUGACAGAAAAAUAAAUGAAGAAAAAUGGAACAAAAAAAUAGAUGAAGGAGCAAAAAGGGAGUGAAAACGGACAAAGGAGAAAAGUGGAGUGAAAAUUUUGAUGCAGGAGAAAACAGACGAGGAAGAAAAACAGGAUGAACAGUUGACAGAGGAGGAAAAAAUAAUGAAAAAUGGAUGUGACGGAAAAAGAAAUGAAGAAAAAUGGAACAAAAAAAAUAGAUGAAGGAGCAAAAAGGGAGUGAAAACGGACAAAGGAGAAAAGUGGAGUGAAAAAUUUGAUGCAGGAGAAAACAGACGAGGAAGAAAAACAGGAUGAAUAGUCGACAGAGGAGGAAAAAUGAACGAAAAA